UAUCCAAAGCGACGUACAUCUGAGCUUUUAUUUAUGCUUUUUAAUUUUUCAAUUUAAUUCUGCAGUUGGAGUGGAAACCAUGAAGGAUAAAUGUGUGUUGCUGUAUUAUACUGAUCAGCCAACCAAUUUCAAUAACUGCUUGUCCUGAGCAGGGUCGCGGUGAGCCGGAGCCUAUUCCAGAGACGUUGGGUGCAAGGCAGAAGGGGUGGGGGGAACAAAUGUUUAUUAAUUUCUACAUGGUUAACACUGACUUUAUCUCUGUAUUCUAUUACAAUAUGAGGCAUUAUUAAUAAGAGAUCGUGUUACUUAUCCUUGGGUGCUUAUAAACUGAUUUUUGUCAUUUCUACACUGUUAAUACUGGUAUCAUAAGAGAGCUAGUGAGUAUGAACGUCAAGGUUGUGUUACCUCUCUUCAGGUGCCUACAUGCGGGUCAAUAAGGGUCAUGUGAAGGUAUCCGCCCAGGUGGGACACUCAGUGAACAUCACAUGUCCGUACAACAUCUUGUCCAGACAAAGUCAAAAAUCGUGGUGCAGAGGCAAGCUGUAUGACUCCUGCAAAACAAUGGUGUCAACCCUUGGCCCCAUGACGAACGGCAGGGUCUCCAUCUGGGACGAUCCAUCAAAUGGAGCGUUUCACGUGACGAUGUCGGCCCUCACCGAGAAGGAUGCAGGAUGGUACCAGUGUGUUAAAUCGGGAUUCCUACAGCCCCAGACUUUCAGUCAUGUGUAUCUCAAUGUUACCAAAGGUUUUGUACCACCACCACCACGUGAAGUCACAACAUCCAAAACCCUAACAACACAUAGUCCAUGGACUGCAGCCCCAAUCGCCAGUGAACCGAGCAUUGUGUGGGAUGUGCUCCGGUGGAUUCUCUUUGCUCUGAUGCUGGCCUGCAUCAUAGUCAUCACCUGCUGGAAGAGAGCUCCUGCCAUCCUAACUGCUUCCUCUGGGAGGACAGUCACCUCCAAGCACAUGAACUCAUUUCAGACUGUGACCACGGUAUUGCCCUCAACUGCCUGGUCCUACACAGCAGCCUGUUCAGAGGCCUAGCAAAGGCAUCCAAGCAACUGCUCAGUGCUGUCAAUCUUCCAAGAAAUAUGCUCACUGAAUCGUAUUCAAAAUCAUUUUGUCCACAUGAGUUUGAUUCCAGUUUGUGCAGAGUGUACAUGGUCACCCUGAGAA